GGUAUCGAUACUUGCGGCGCUUGUACAAAGUAAACAUAAAUAACAGCACAUGUUGUUAUAAUUUUUUCGCAUAAUUUUGAUUGAAAUGACAAAGUUUUGGAAGAAGUAUGUACUUUGGUUUGCCCAAGAGCAUGUUGAUUUUCGUGUGGCUGAAUUCGAGUCAAUCGUCAAGCUGUUCGGUCUGGAGUUUCGGCAUUUUUCCGACAAUCGCUUAAAACCCUUUUGGCUAGUGGAAUUUCCCAAUGAUGAAACCGCACUGCAGUACGCUUCCCGUUCGGUGGCAUUGCGCUCCAUCAUUGAGCUGCAGGCACACGCCAACACACUCCCAGAAUUCCACCAGAGAUUAAAGACGCUAGUGGACACAGAUCGAGGAGCACUCUCGCAAUAUUUCAAUGCGCAGAGCUUUAAGGUGACAGUGGAGACGUACAACAAACACUUUACGCAGCGCGAAAAAGUAGACAAGAUCGAAGCCAUGGACUAUUUGCCACUCCAAGGAGCUGUCAAUCUUAAAGAUCCUCAAGUGGAAUGGUGGUAUCUGGAAUUCUGGGGCUUGGAUCCCACAGAUGUCCCCGAUGCACCCGAAGAUAUAGUCUUUGGUCGCAUGCUAGGCCAAGGACAGCGACACCUGAUCAAGCAACUGUCGCUGAAACAGCGCAAGUUCAUUGGCAACACCAGCAUGGAUGCCCAGCUCAGCUUGCUGAUGGCCAACCAGGCGAUGGUUAAGGAUGGCGACUUGGUUUUUGAUCCCUUUGUGGGCACUGGUUCUUUGCUAGUCAGCGCUGCCAAGUUUGGUGGCUAUGUUCUGGGUGCAGACAUUGAUUUCAUGAUGUUGCAUGCGCGUUGUCGUCCAAGUCGCAUUACACAGAAAGUACGUGAGAAAGACGAAAGCAUCAGAGCUAAUCUGAAGCAGUAUGGCUGUGCAGAGCGCUACAUGGACGUGGUGGUGGCUGACUUUUCCUGCCCGCUGUGGCAUAAGAGCAUGCGUUUCGACAGCAUCAUCACAGAUCCUCCUUAUGGGAUAAGAGAGGCAACAGAGAAGGUGGAAAACAAGUCACACGGCAAGGACAACACACGCUCGGCGGACAUGGCGCAUUAUCCCUCCACUUCGCACUACUCCCUGCAACAUUUGUACACGGAUUUGCUUCAGUUUGGAGCGAAACAUUUGCGGCUUGGUGGUCGUCUUGUUUGCUGGCUGCCUUUUCAUCGUGAGGAUUACAAUGAGGCUAUGCUGCCGCAGCACACGCAUCUCAAAUUGGUGGCCAACUCAGAGCAGCUGCUGGCAGGUAACACAGCGAGACGUCUGCUGACAUACGAGAAGUGUACAGAGUACAGCGAUGACAGUAGUCCAAAUCCUCUUCCUCAAGAGCCUGGACAAGACUUUAGAGAGCGCUACUUCAAUACCAAUGGUUCGCUGGAAUCUCGGCAGGAUCGGCGCAUGCGUAAAGCAGCGCAGCGGGAAGAGGGGCGACUGCAAAUGGAGAUGCGAGGGAAAAUUCCCUGCGAUGGUCGCGCCAAGAAAUGUGAUUUGAACAAAGCGCGUUUUGACUAA